CAGAAAGAACCCACCACCUCUCUCCACUUCCACCAACACCAUCCUUCUAUAGGAAAGCCAGGUAGAGAAACAAGAAAGAAAAAGAGCAAAAGCAAAAGAGAGAUAAUUGAAAGGGUCUUCUCUUCUUUUGCUGGCUGGCUGGGUCUCUCUGUAGUUUUUGCCUCUCUUCUCUUUCCUUUUCCCAACUUUCUUUGCUUCUUGAACCAGCUUUCUGCCAUGGUGAUUGCUCAACUGGGUCUCCAACCAGAACUAGUUGUACUGCUUACUUCACCGUCGAGCUGAAAACAGUGAUGCGGGAAAAAUGGGGAAGAAGGGAAGUUGGUUUUCAGCAAUCAAGAGGGUCUUCUUGCCCCAUUCCAAGGAUAAAUUAGCUAAUGAACCAGAUAAGAAAAGUAGUAGUAAAGAGAAAAAGAAGAAAGGCAUAGGAAAGUUCAGGCAAGGUGAAAGCAGCAGCUCAUUUAUUCCAUUGUUCAGAGAACCGAGCAGUAUCGAGAAGAUAUUGGAUGAGGCAGAAAGAGAACACAAACUAACUUUCAGGCCACCAACUCCUCCUGCUGAACAACCUAGAACUCCAACUUUUGUGCCUCCACCUUCCAGAUUAGUUUCUUCUUCUCCACGGGUUCCCUCUCUAAGAGUUAGUAGCUCUCCAAGGGCUGCUACUUCUCCAAGAGCCCCAUCCCCAAGGGCUGCUGCUUCUCCUAGGCCUCCAUCUCCAAGGGCUGCUGCUUCCCCUAGGCCUCCAUCUCCAAAGGCUGCUGGUCCUUCAACUUCUGCUAGAGCAACUUCUCCGAAGAAUGUGGAGCGUGAGAGGCAAGUAUAUAGGAGGAUUGAGCCAACAUUGAGAAACCAGAAUGCUUGUGCUACCAAGAUCCAAGCAGCUUACAGAGGCUAUGUGGCAAGGAGGAGCUUUAGAGCCUUGAAGGGUCUAGUGAGGCUCCAGGGAGUGAUCAGAGGACAGAAUGUGAAGCGCCAGACAAUGAACGCAAUGAAAUGCAUGCAGCUCUUGGUUCGUGUCCAAUCCCAGAUUCAGUCGCGGAGGAUUCAGAUGUUGGAAAACCAGGCAAGACAACAUAAGAACAACGAUAAAGAAGUCGAGUCUCAUUUGGGCAAAUGGAGCCAAGCUUCUGAAGGAGAUGACUGGGACGACAGUGUGCUGACAAAAGAUCAGGUCGAGGCAAGAAUACGGAGUAAAAUGGACGCGGUGAUCAAGAGAGAAAGAGCAAUGGCAUAUGCAUAUUCUCACCAGCUAUGGAAGGCCUCUCCGAGGGCUACACAACUAUCCUUAACAGACAUCCGGUCGAAUGGAUUCCCAUGGUGGUGGAACUGGCUCGAGCGCCAGCUCCCCUCCUCAUCAUCAAACAACAACCAGGAAAACCAGCCGACAAAGAGUUUCCACCCCACUCCCACAAGGCCAUCAUCAGAGGUGAAGCCUAGCCCUGUACAUCAACAACAUUUCACCUAUGACGGCAUGGAUACUCCCACACCACGGUCAACUAGGUCCACUACCAGAUUUGUACGAACGCCGGUUCACAAGAUGACCCCAAACAACAACGCAGCAAACAGCUCAUCAGGCCUAUCGAAGUACUCGAGAGCACGAGGAGGAGGAGGGGGUGAUCACUCCUCCCCAUCACCAUUCAACUUCCCAUCCAAGGACGACGACAGCCUGACAAGCUGCCCACCAUUCUCGAGGCCUAACUACAUGACUCCAACGGUCUCUGCCAAGGCAAAGGCCCGUGCCAACAGUAACCCAAGGGAGAGGUUCCCUCUCCCUGGUACGCCGAGCAGCGAGAAGAGGAGGGUUUCUUUCCCCUUUGGAGGUGGACAAUCAUUCAAGUGGAAUGCAGGCAGUUUGUUCUCUUCCAACAGCAACAAGGGCUCUGGAUCACCAAGGGUGAUUGAGAAGCACCAGCCAAUUCAUUCCAUUGGGAAUUUGAGUGUUGAUUCCACAGUUUCCAUGCCUGCUGCUGUUGGGAGAAGGCCAUUUAACAGGGAUUUCGAUAUCUGCGCUAUUGAUUUCUCUGGCGUUGCCAAGCUCCUCCACUGCUACCGCCGACGGCCUUAUCUUGCGGCCGGCAGAUUGUUCGCCGUAAUGGGGACAGAGAACGUCACCCUGUCUCAGGAUGCGCUGCCCAGAAAACGACGGCGGCAGAUCUGUUCGAUAAACCCUUCUCCUGCCGCUAUCAGCAAACUCGGAGACGAUCUCCUCGUAGAAAUUCUGAUCCGCCUCCCGAACCCUGGAUCCGCCUGCCGGAGCAAACCCGUCUGCAAGCUGUGGAACUCGCUCGUCUCCGAUCCCAGCUUCAAUCGCCGUUCCGUUUCUCGCCGCCAGAGCAUCAACGAACAAGAGCCGCCGCCGCCGCUUCUUCCCUCGGACGACCCCCAAUCGAUCGUCGCGAGCUUCCUCCCCGUGCCCGCGGAGGCUCGGGAGUAUUUCAGAGUUCUCGAUUCCUUCAAAGACUUGGUCCUAUGUGGGUUUCGCGAGGCAUACUCGUACAGGAUGAAGGAGGAAUUCAGCAGAUUGUACUUGGUCUGCAAUCCAUUUACGAAACAGUGGAUCGCCCUUCCCCUCGCCCCUUCCACGCGACAGGAUGCCAGGUUAGUUUGCGAGCCACGCGUUUCUAACAAUCUUGAUCUAGGAGGAGAUGAUGAUGAUGAUGAUCAAGAAGUGUGUACUUAUUCCGAGUAUCGGUUUAGGGUGGCGUAG